CCUGCCACAGUCACUGCUGCAAUUAACAUUACGCCAUGGUUGGACCUCUGAUUAACCUGCAAGAAGACGCCACUGAUGGCGACCUAAGAAGCUCAGAGAGCAGCAGAUAGCCAAAACCACUCGUCGUCGCAUUAUCCUCUAGGGUUUUUCAGUAUAUUCUCUCCAUCCCUCUCCUCCCUCUCUCUCCGUGUGUGUCUCUGUAUAGAAAGGAGCAAGCGAUGGCAGUCUUGUCUGUCUAUCCGUUCAGUCCUGUGCUCCAACUCCCUUCUGCUUCUUGUACGGACUUGUUGUGUCAUUUCCCAGCUCGCUCGCUCUUUCACCUCAGUAAAACGAGAGAGAAGGGCGACCGGCGGAAAGCUGGUUCCAGGAGGUUCGUGGCCCUGUCGACGCAUUCCAACCCUCGGAUACUCAAGCCCAACCGGAAGUCCCGGUACGGCCAGACUCUAUCCCCGUACGACAGUGACGACGAGGAAAGCUUUGAUUUUGAUGAGGGUGAAGACGACGAUGAGGAUUGGUUCGACGAUGAUGAAUUUGCUGAAGUUGCGGAUUAUGGUACCAAGCGAAAAAGAGACAAGCCAAACAUUCACAAUGACCGGAUAAUAGAGAAAGAAAGCCAAUCAGAAAAACGAUGGGGCUUGAGUUCCUCAAGUUCAGGCCGAGAUUUUUAUCAUGAGAGUGACUACUCUAAUGUCAGGAAUGUGAAGAAGAAUUUAUCGAGAAAUGUGGGAGGUAUAACCUCUACUUCAAACUAUAAGAGGGAACUUGGUUCGCAUGAUAUAAAUGGUAGAAGUAAGAUGGGAAUAAAAGAUGGGCGGAGCAGAUAUCCUCGACUAUCAGAAGAAAUUGAUUUGGAUAGAAGAUGGAUUCCUCUUCUAGAUUACCUGAGCACAUUCGGGCUCAAAGAAUCACACUUCCUCCAAAUGUAUGAGAGGCACAUGCUCUCUCUUCAAAUAAACGUGUGCUCUGCACGGGAGAGAUUGGACUACUUGAUGAGCAUUGGUGUCAAACAAAGCGAUGUCAAAAGAAUACUCUUGAGGCAGCCCCAAAUUUUGGAGUACACAGUCGAGAACAACUUGAAAUCCCAUGUCGCAUUUCUUAUGGGCUUGGGCAUCCCAAACUCGAGAAUAGGGCAGAUAAUUGCUGCUGCUCCUUCGUUGUUUUCUUAUAGUGUUGAGAAAUCUCUGAAACCCACCGUGCGAUACUUGGUUGAGGAGGUCGGCAUUAAGGAAAAGGAAUUGGGUAAAGUUGUGCAGCUGAGCCCUCAGAUCCUUGUUCAGCGAAUUGACAUAUCAUGGAAUACUCGUUAUAUUUUCCUAUCAGAGGAACUAGGGGCACCCAGAGACAGUAUAGUGAAGAUGGUAACAAAGCAUCCUCAGCUCCUUCAUUACAGUAUAGACGAUGGACUACUUCCUAGGAUCAAUUUUCUGAGGAGCAUUGGGAUGUGUAAUUCUGACAUUCUGAAGAUUUUGACCAGCCUUACACAGGUUUUAUCUUUAUCUUUGGAGGACAAUCUUAAGCCCAAGUACCUGUACUUGAUCAAUGAACUUCGCAAUGAGGUACGCUCUUUGACCAAAUACCCCACAUACUUGAGCUUAUCUUUGGACCAGCGGAUUCGCCCUCGCCAUAGGUUCUUGGUUGCCCUCAAGAAAGCUCCAAAGGGUCCAUUUCCUUUGAGCUCUUUCGUUCCCACCGAUGAGUGCUUCUGUCAGCAGUGGGCUGGAACCAGUUUGGACAAAUAUUUGGCCUUCCGACAGAGCCUACAACUCACUGAAUUUGCCAAGAAGUACGAGAAAUGAGGAUAAAAGUGAAGAUAGAAAGACUUGUUUUGCUUAUAGAUUUCUACUCACUCAAAAGGACCGCGAGUUUAUAUAUUACUGCACAACCUAUGAAGUGGAGUUGCCAGUUGCCACUGAGGAAGUUUUUGGAUGAGAGGAGCAGCUUUUCAGAAUGAUAAACCUCGGAAGUCGCUCUUGUUUACAUGUCCCAGUUUAGAUCUUUUGAUGGUGAGAGCAGAAGAAAUCUUCAGGACGAAGACCCUGAUUGGAGGUUAGUUAAUCGCUCGCUGACCAGAAUUGCUAGCAAUGAUCUCGAGAUGUCUUUGUGAUGCUUUGACAAUUUCUAUAAUCCGAAGUCAAUCUCGUGUAUGGAGAUUCAUCUGGCUCCAAAUGGAUCAGUAUCACAGUACAAGAUGCAGAGGUUCACUUUCGGGUUCUUCAACUUUCUGCAUCUAUACAUAUCAGAAUUCAAUGGUCUCUUAGGAAACCGAAAUACUCUGCCUUUUGCCUUUCUUUUGUCCACAGAUAUGUAUCUCAUAUAAGGUAUGAGAACAUUGAUAUCCUGUCAUGCAUGUAUAUUAUAACAUGUAUAGAUGUCCACUUUUCUGUGCGUCUUUUGCAGAGAAUAUUGUUACUGGAUUUUUGUUUUUGAAUCGAUGUACUGUAGUUGUGCAAUUCCGAGAAUUCGAGCAUGGCAUGAUGCAGUCCCCUCAAGUCAGGUGUGGCGCUGCUGGAUCAUCCUAAGGACAAUAUGGAUCAUUUCGCAUGGUUCUUGGGAUCAUGAUCUCAAUUGAGGUCCAAAACACUUCUCAACCAGUAUCAAUUAUGUGCAUGGUCAUCGUGUAAUUCAGUCCUUAACAUAUCGGGAGCUGCAUAGUAGUAGUACUAUCCCUUUUAAAAGGGAAAAUAGGCGUAAUGUAUUUCAACAUUUACGUGUUAUUUUAGUUUUAUUCCAAUGUCGAUUUUUUUUCCUGAGA